AUGUCCACCCACGUCGCCAUAAUCGGAGCUGGCCUCUCAGGCCUAACCCUCGCUCUAGCCCUCCACCAACAGUCCAUCCGCUGCACUCUGUACGAAGCACGCUCAGCCCCCCUCGACAUCGGCGGCGCAGUAAUGCUCUCACCCAACGCGCUACGCAUCCUGGACGCUCUGAACGUUUAUGAGAAUGUACGCACCCAAGGCCACGAAUUCAACGACCUCCACUUCCGCACAGAAGACGACAAGCCCCUCGACAGCUACGAGUUCGGGUCCGCGCAGAAAUACGGCUACAGUGCGCUGCGGAUCUACCGGAAUGCUCUUAUCCGCGAACUUUCAAUCCGUGUGCAGGACGCUGGUGUGCCGAUUGUGUACAAUAAGAAGUUUUCCGCUGUGAUUGAGGAAACACCCUCUCGUGUGACCUGGUCGUUUGACGAUGGCACGACAGAGACUGCGACUGUCCUUGUCGGCGCUGAUGGGAUUCAUUCCAAAAUGCGGAAAUAUCUGUAUCCGGAUCUAGAGCCCAUGUUUACAAAGGCCAUGGGUGUUUCUGCUGCGGUGCCGACGAGGCAACUGGACCUUCCGGAGGGAUAUAACCUGCCUACGACGAUUAUGAACAGAACGCACGGGGCGUUUGUGAUUGCACAGCAGAAAGCGGAUGGAUCUGAGGUCUUCAUCGGACGCCAAAAGCGCGCCCCGGAACUAGAUCGGGAUGGGUGGAAUGCGUUGCUUAAUGAUAAGGCGUGGUGUGUUGAGUAUCUGCGCAAGGAUAUCAGUGCUUUCCCGGCCGUGGCACGGAAUGCAGUCUCUGAGAUCAAGACCGAGACGAUCAAUCUAUGGCCGUUUUACGUUGUGCCGAAACUGGAGAGUUGGAGUUCGAGCCAUGCGAGGGUCAUCAUCCUCGGUGAUGCGGCGCAUGCGAUUCCGCCGACUGCGGGGCAGGGGAUUAAUCAGGCUUUUGAGGAUGUGUUUACCUUUGCUUUGAUCUUUGGGCGUGUCAAGAGGGAGGAUUUACAGCGGGGGCUGAAGAUUUGGCAGAAGGGACGGCAGGAACGAGUGGACAGAGUUCUGGCGUUGAAUGCGCAGAUUGACAAGAGGAGGAUGCCUAAAGAUCCGGCUGCUGAAGAGGAGGAGCAUGAACCAUUUGAGCUGGGGUGGUUGUAUGGCCCGGACUUUGGGGAGAUGGUGGAGGGCUGGCUGGCUGGGGAGGGACUGUAA